AUGGCGGCUUGCGGGUGGUGGCCAACUGUGUUCGGCGACUACAAGAGUGAGCGUAUUCAACGGAAUUGCGUUGUAGAAGUGAUAGUAAAAGAGAUCGCCGCCGUGAACUUCGGGCAGUAUCCCUACGCCGGCUAUGCCCCGAAUCGGCCCACCAUUAGCCGGCGGUGGAUUCCGGAGGAUGGAUCGCCGGGGGUUGAGGGGCUCAGGGAGAACCCCGAUUUGGUUUUCUUGAGGACGAUUACAGGACAAUCUCAGAGCAUCUUAGGCGUCGCGCUGAUAGAAAUCUUAUCCCGACAUUCGUCAGACGAGAUGUACCUCGGCCAGCGAGACUCUUCAGAUUGGACCAAGGAAGCUGCGGCAUUACAGGCAUUCCAUAGAUUCGGCGAGAGAUUGGUCGAAAUUGAAAAGAAUAUUUUGAAGAGGAAUUCAGAUGAGGAGUUGAAGAACAGAAAUGGAGGUGUUCGUCUGCCCUAUACUCUGCUGUAUCCGAAUGCUUCCGACUUCAGUGGAGUGGGCGGGCUGACAGGGAAGGGGAUUCCUAAUAGUGUCUCUAUUUGA